AUGGAGAGUUCUGGAUGCGAUGAUGAUAUGGAUGUCAAUGAUUGUGAUCAUGACAUGGAUGUUAGUGACUGUGAUGAUGACAUGGACACUGGUGCAGACACAGAUUCAGACUAUGACAGCAAGGAGGAUGAGUUUUGGAUUGUAUUUCUACUUGUUGGCGAGAUGGUGGCUUAUUUCCAACGGCAUUACGACAAGCGCCCAAUGUGUACUAUCAUUUUGAGUGGGAAAGACUACAUGGCUGAAGUGAGGAAUGGCAAUCCUACCAAUUGUCAUGACAUGUUCCGCAUGACAUUGGACUUGUUCUAUCAUUUGGUGGAUGAGCUGAAACAGCAUGGGUACUUGAAGGAAGGGAAGGGGCGUGUGGACGUGCAGGAGGCUAUUGUCAUAUUCUUGUACAUUGUCGACCAUAAUACUCGGAUGCGACUUGUGGGUGACAGAUUCCAACAUUCCACUAAAAUUGUCAGCCGCAAGUUCCGUAGGGUAUUGCGGGCUAUCCACACUUAUGGCCAACAUUUAAUCAAGCCCGAUUCGAAUGUGGUAGGCCUUCCAGAGCAUAUGCAGUCGAAUAACAAAUACUAUCCUUGGUUUGAGAGAAGCAUAGGAGCUAUUGAUGGAACGCAUAUUAGUGCUUGGCCUCCAAGUGAGAAAACCCAACCUCACAGGAGUCGCAAGAGCUUGAUUACAACCAACGUUAUGUGCACAUGCGACCAUGAUAUGAAGUUUACAUAUGUCCACUUUGGUUGGGAGGGAAGUGCCCAUGACUCAAAGGUCUUCAAAGAAGCUAUUAAAGACCCGAAGCAUGGAUUCUCAUGGCCACCGGAAGUUCUGUUUGCUGAUUUUUCAUUAUGUUCUGUUGUAAUUCUGAAUUCUGGGUCCUAUUACUUGGUUGAUUCGGGGUACCCCAUUGGGAAAUCGUUUCUUCCACCACACAAGUCCACCCGAUAUCAUGCUCAAGAAUUCAGGAGGAGCAAUAGGCAACCGACAUCGGGGAAAGAGUUAUUUAACUAUAGACACUCUUCGUUGCGCAUGGUAAUUGAGAGGAGCUUUGGAGUCCUUAAGCCUCGCUUUCCCAUCUUGAGUUGCAUGGCAAACUAUAAGGAAUCUCGACAACGUUUGGUUGUUUCUGCAUAUUGUGCGUUACACAAUAUUAUACGCAUCAAUAAUCGUAGAGAUGAAAUGUUUAACUCAUGGAAGAACCUUGACGUUAAUAGAAAUGAUGUACAAGCUGGGAACAAUGGGAAUUCUCCUGAGUCAAGUGCAAGUGUUGAAAGGAGGCAUGUGAGGGAGAUGUCUGAUGCAGCGAAGAGGGCAAUGGGAGAGUUUAGGGAUGAUGUGACUACCCGCAUAUGGGAGGAGUACGCACGACGAUGGGAUUGA